GAGAGAGAGAGAGAGAGUUUUUAUACCACAAAAUUGACUUUUCUCUGUUCCCAGGGUAGUACUUAGAAGUUUGGAAUUUUGUUUUUAUUUUUUUAGCUCAUUUGUAGCUCUGAAAAUCAGGUAAAUUAAAAGAAAAAAAGGAAAUGAUUUUUUUUAUUACUUUAAGAGAGAAGAUGAAUUAGAAGGAAGAAGGAGAGAAUAUUGCUCAUAAAGUUCUCUUCUUUUUCACAUUUCUUCUCUCUAAUCUAAUAAAGAUCAAAUCUUUAUUUGUGUUUUAUUUCUUAUUCAUUUUCUUGAAAAAAAAAUAUUACAUGAUCAGCUAUAAUUCUUGAUGCCCACAAUUGAUUUUUUUUGCUUAUUCUGAACACCCUUUUUCAUAAUCUAUUAGUGUAAACAAGUUAGGAGUGUGGUUUCUUCUCUCUAAUCUGAUAAAGAUCAGAUUUUUAUUUUAGUUUUUGGGUUUUUUCUUCUUUUUCAUUAAAAAGAUUAUAUUUCUUGAUGCCCAGAAUUUUCUUUUGCUAAUUCUGAACACCCUUUUUGAUAAUCUGUUAUAGUGUAAAGAAGAAAGGGGGGUAGGGUGGUGGGUGGGGGUGGGUGGAGAUGGGGGGAUGUGUAUCACGGCCAGAUGGCUGUGUUGGAGGUUCAAAGAAGAAGUGUGUAAGGAGGAAGAGAAGAAAAAUAAAGAAAAGGGCGUCUUCUCAUAUAUCAGAUCAAUCAGCAGCUGAUAAAGUUGACAAGUCUUUCCCUUUGGAUCGUUCAUUCAAUAAUCCCACUUUCUAUGGAAGCACUGAGGAAGCAUGGUUUGAUUCUGCUGCAAUAUUCGAUUCUGAUGGCAGUGACGAAGAUUUCCAGAGCGUUGCUGAUGAUGUGCUCUCUCUCAACAGCUUUGAUUGUGGGCGAACCAGCGUAACUUCUGUGAGAGAUGCCAAUCAUGGGGACGCUGAGGUCCAUGCCCACCCAAGCAAUUUGUCGCAUCCAAAAGAUGCAGAUUCUAGAACGAAACUUGAUGGACCCCACAGUGAGGUACAGCCUGUAUUUAUUGAUGAAAUCUCUUCCUCGGCUAAUGAAAGCAGCGGCAGGGAAGAUGGUUUGUUGGAUAACUGUGGAAUUCUUUCAAACAACUGUUUGCCCUGUCUUGCUUCCACGGUUGCACCAGUUGAGAAGAGAAGAUCUCUUAGCGACAAUUCUCCAAGUGCUAGGAAGAAAGCUGCCUUAAAACUUCCUUUCAAAUGGAGAGAAGGAAAUCCUAAUGCUGCUUUGCUUUCGUCUAAAGCCCUGCUUCAAAGACCAAUAGCUGGUUCCCAAGUACCAGUUUGCCCGUUGGAGAAGAAAAUGCCUGAUAGUUGGUCCCAGAUUGAACCGGGCACUUUCAGGGUUCGGGGAGAAAACUAUUUCAGGGAUAAAAAGAAGGUGCUUGCUCCAAAUUAUGCAGCAUAUUAUCCUUUUGGCGUUGAUGUAUUUUUAAGCCAGAGAAAGAUAUUUCAUAUAGCUCGACUUGUGGAACUUCCCGUCAUUGAACAUUCUGGGACACUUCCUCCCAUUCUUGUCGUGAAUGUCCAGAUCCCAUUAUAUCCUACCGCAAUUUUUCAGGGUGAAAUUGAUGGUGAAGGGAUGAGUUUUGUCUUGUACUUUAAGCUUUCAGAAAGUUAUGCUAAGGAACUUCCUCCUCAUUUUCAAGAGAAUAUCAGGAAGCUGAUUGAUGACGAAGUGGAAAAAGUAAGGGCUUUUCCUGUUGAACAUACUGCACCUUUCAGGGAAAGAUUGAAAAUAUUGGGUCGUGUUGCAAAUAUGGAGGAACUCCCAUUAAGUGCUGCAGAGAGGAAGCUUAUGCAUGCCUACAAUGAAAAACCUGUUCUUUCACGUCCUCAACAUCAGUUUUACAAGGGAGAGAAUUACUUUGAGAUUGACAUAGAUAUGCAUAGAUUCAGUUACAUCUCUAGGAAAGGUUUUGAAACAUUCCUAGAUAGGCUAAAGCUCUGUUGCUUGGAUGUUGGGCUAACGAUUCAGGGCAACAAAGCUGAAGAAUUGCCGGAGCAGGUUUUAUGUUGUAUACGGUUAAAUGAAAUUGACUAUGCAAAUUAUCAGCAACUGGUGUCGGAAUAGAGAGCCCCUUGAAUAGCUGCACAGACGGUGGAAGUGUUAAGAUAUGGCAAAUAAAGAGAGUUACUUAGAGAAGUUCAGUUGUCCCUCGCUUUUGGUGCCUACCUCUCUGUCUUUCCCUUCCUCAAAUUAUCAAAAUCUUCAGCGUCUCCAUAAUGCAGGCAGAUUAUAAGUGUAGCAGGUUCCACGGAAACUGCUAAGGAUGAUUUCUCACAUUCAUAUCACUAUGACAUGAGUUCUGGACAAGUCGAUUGCAUACUGCAUUAGCUAUAUACGUGUAUGAAUUCAUGGACGACAUUGAGAAAUCAGUUAAUGGAAUAAAUUCUAAUUCAUUCUUUUUGUUUGAUAACAUAGCAAUCUGUUUAAUUAACUUUUGCAGCAACACCAGAUUUUAAGUGCUUUUGAUCAUAAAUGCCAAUAUGUGAGGGAGGGAAAGGUCUUCAUAUGUAAUGGAUACUUGUGUUGAUUAUCACCAAAAUCAGAUACUUUUAGUA